AUGCACUUGACAAAGAAUUCAGGUGAAGCGGUUUCACAAAACGAGUAUGCACGUGUGAUCGGAAGUCUCAUGUACUUGACAAAUUGUACUAGACCAGAUCUGGCGCAUGCAGUAAACGUACUUAGUCGAUAUACAAGUAAUCCAGGUCAUACACACUGGAAAGCUAUAACGAGGGUACUCAAUUACUUGCGCUACACCAAAGAUUUUGGGCUUCACUAUGGUAAAGAACCAGCAGUUUUAGAAGGAUACAGUGAUGCUAACUGGAUAUCAGAUUCUAAAAACUCAAAAUCCACGAGUGGAUAUGUCUUUACACUAGGAGGAGCAGCAAUAUCAUGGAAAUCUACCAAACAAACAGUGUUAGCCAGAUCAACCAUGGAAUCUGAGUUCAUAGCCUUAGACAAAGCAGCAGAAGAAGCUGAAUGGCUUAGAAAAUUUUUGGAAGAUAUUCCUAUGUGGGAGAAACCUGUGCCAGCUAUACGCAUACAUUGUGAUAGUCAAUCAGCAAUAGCUCGGGCUCAGAAUAAUCUUACAAUG